CCCCCAGUUCUCUGACCUCCCCCUGCAGCCUCUCAAGCGCCGCCUCUGUCCUGCCCACUUCCUGCUGUAGCCCAUCACGCUCUGAAAGGUUGUUGGGAAGGUUCUGAAGUGUGGAAGCUCCACCCUCAGAAGCUGUUUGUUGCUAAGCGCUGCUCAGCACCAAACACCAUAAAACACCAACGGUCACUCAUUCGUUUAUAAUAAAAACAAAGCAGAUUCACCUCAGGCCUCUGCAGGACCGGACUACGAACACUCACUACCCACCUACGCUCCCCACGUUCACUCUGCAGGGACUACGCUCCCCACGUUCACUCUGCAAGGACUACGCGCCCCUCGUUCACUCUGCAGGGACUACGCUCCCCACGUUCACUCUGCAAGAACUACGCUCCCCACGUUCACUCUGCAAGAACUAUGCUCCCCACGUUCACUCUGCAAGAACUACGCUCCCCACGUUCACUCUGCAGGGACUGUGCUCCCCACGUUCACUCUGCAAGAACUACGCUCCCCACGUUCACUCUGCAGGGCCUGUGCUCCCCACGUUCACUCUACAGGGCCUGUGCUCCCCACGUUCACUCUGCAAGAACUAUGCUCCCCACGUUCACUCUGCAAGAACUACGCUCCCCACGUUCACUCUGCAGGGACUACGCUCCCCACGUUCACUCUGCAGGGACUACGCUCCCCACGUUCACUCUGCAGGGACUACGCUCCCCACGUUCACUCUGCAAGGACUGCGCUCCCCACGUUCACUCUGCAAGAACUACGCUCCCCACGUUCACUCUGCAGGGCCUGUGCUCCCCACGUUCACUCUGCAGGGACUGUGCUCCCCACGUUCACUCUGCAGGGACUACGCUCCCCACGUUCACUCUGCAGGGACUAAGCUACCCACGUUCACUCUGCAGGGACUGUGCUCCCCACGUUCACUCUGCAGGGACUACGCUCCCCACGUUCACUCUGCAGGGACUACGCUCCCCACGUUCACUCUGCAGGGACUACGCACCCCACGUUCACUCUGCAGGGACUACGCUCCCCACGUUCACUCUGCAGGGACUACGCUCCCCACGUUCACUCUGCAGGGACUACGCUCCCCACGUUCACUCUGCAUGGACUACGCUCCCCACGUUCACUCUGCAGGGACUACGCUCCCCACGUUCACUCUGCAGGGACUACGCUACCCACGUUCACUCUGCAGGGACUACGCUACCCACGUUCACUCUGCAGGGACUACGCUCCCCACGUUCACUCUGCAGGGACUACGCUACCCACGUUCACUCUGCAGGGACUACGCUACCCACGUUCACUCUCUAGGGACACGUCAGGGACACCGGAGAGAAUACCUCGAUUGUCUGAAUUGCUUCCCGUGAUGCAGGCAAUCGACAACGCAAGCUAAUCAAGCACAACAUGCCUGCAAACUCACAAAUCCACAAACACAAACACGUGCGGGCACACACACCGGCACAGUGCUGAGUGAUGUGUCAUGGUUCAGAAGGUGGACACGGAUCCAGUCCACUGCACACUAAAAACAGCUCCCUUCUUUUCUCUCUCUCUCUCACACACACACAUACACCCACACACACACACACACACACACACACACACACACACACACACACACACACACACACACACACUCCACUUACUUCUGUGUUUAGCAGAAAAAACACAGUGAAAUUUCAAUGGAGAAAUUUCUGAAUCUUACUUUAGUUGUGUAUGUGAAUGUUAUUGUAUGUGUGUCUUUGUUUAUCUGUGUGUGUGUGUGUGUGUACUGCUCCUCCCUGCCUAAGAGUCUGGACUUGCCUCAGUGCUCCGCAGACUUUAUGAGCUCAUGGCUAGUAUAAAGCCAACCAUUUCAUCCACAACCCUAUACACACACACUUUAU